UCCGGACUCAGGGGAUGUGGGGCCCUUCCCACUCCCUGGCAGAGGCCCGUCUCCAAGAGGGAAACCAAGCCCAGCAUCAGAGCCUUCAGUGACACCAGGGCCGAGGCGGCUUGUGGCUAGCAGAGCGGUGCUCUCCUGCAGAUAACUGACAACCAGGGUGAGAGGGGGCCUGCGGAGUCCCCUGUCCUGCUUCCCAGGAUGCUGGACUCCUCUGUGGCAGAUAGAAUGGCCCGACUGACCUUGAAACUCUUGGAGAAGAAACUGCAGCAGGAACGUGAGGCUGUGGAUGAGGACCCCAACCUCAUGCCAGGACAUGAGGACCCACCGGAUGCUGCCCUGCAGAGCGCUCUGAGGACCAGGAGGGACCUUCUGCAGAGACUCUGGGAACAACAGCUCCUGGACGAGCUCGCCCGCACCCGGAGGGGGCCAAGCACAGCAGCCUGUGGGCCAGUGCUGUCCCCACAGGUGACCCCGGGAGCCUAUGGUGCCACCUCCCAGCCCCCACCAGCCCCAGAACCGCCGCCUCCGAUCAUCCAACACCAGGUCCCCCAACCUCCUACCACCAUCAUUCAGCAGCUACCUCAGCAGCCACUCAUUGCACAGAUCCCCCCUCCCCAGGCCUUCCCCACUCACAGGUCAGGAAGUAUUAAGGAAGACAUGGUGGAGAUGCUGCUGCUGCAGAUGGCGCAGAUGCACCAGGUCAUCAUGCAAAACGUGAUGCUCCAAGCCCUGCCCCCAUCAGCGCUGGUGCCCUCCGGGGGGCCGCAGGCCACAGCCCGGCACCCCACCCUGCAGGACCCGCAGCGGGCUCGCCCCGCCGUCCUGCGGGCUGAGAGGCAGAAGCCGCCCUCCGUGCACCACCACCACCACUACGCGCCCCCAGCCCCGCUGCAGGCCGUCCCUGCGCUCGGCUCACCCGCGCCUUACUCCGUGUGGCCCCCCGUGGUCUCGGCCACCGCCCUCCCGCCUGCCUCCAGCUUCCUGCCCACCGUGUGCCACGUGGCCGGCCCCCCAGCCGCAGCCCUGAGCGCGGUGGCAUCCGACGGCGUCCUGCCCGCACAGGGUCCGGGCCUGUGAGCUGCACGAUGGCCGGCUGGUCCUUGUCCUCCCAGCGGGGGCGUGGCCGGGAAACCAGGCGGAAGCCCGGCAGUUGUCCCCGGACGCUGGACUCUGAGGGUCUUGAGGAAACAGGGAUUUGGUCAGGAAAGAUGCCCGGGAGCCAUAGAGAGGAAAGAUCUGUAACUUUAGCCACAUAAAAACGUAAACCUUCCUGUGGGAAAAGUACCAUAAAGUCAAACAUAAUGAAAACUGGGAGGCCUGUUGUCCACCACGCGAGUGGCAGUGCUGAGGGGCAGAAGGCGCGAGCUGCAGGGUGUCUGAUGUGAUGUCCUGUGCGGGUGGACCGCCACCAGCCCUGGUCCUGCUCCGAUUAUACCGGCGGAAGCCGCACAUGGUGUCACAGGCUCUCUUCCACUUGCUCUUCUGCUUCUCUUGGAAGAACCAAAACAAAUAUGAUUCCUGUG